GGCAAGGGCAAAUGCUCAUCGGGCUGCGGCAAUCGAAAUUUUAUUUUCACAGGCCUGCCAUGGAACCAUCCCGCUGUCGCAGCAAGCGGGUUCACCCCCCAGCAGGUGGAAGCUGGCAUUCGCUCAGACAUGGCAGCAAUUGUGAAAGCUGGCUAUAAAAUCAAGGCUGUUCUCCUCGGCCCCGAAGAUAGCUUGGACUUCCUCUCAGACGAAUUGAAGGGUGUGGAAUGGACCGGAACAGGUGUUGGUUUUGGCGUUCGGGGGAACCCGUCGCCAGUGAUCACGCGCCGUCUCAUGGAUGCUGUGCAGUUAUACCGGGACGAAGUGCCUCGGGCGAGGAUCUUGUUCAAUUAUUCGCCUGUCACGUCCCUUUGGGCAAUUCAGCAG